CAUUUCGAAACGUGCAGCGCAGCAAUUCGGGCGGACCGACGACCGUUUACAACAAGUUCAAGUUUACACGCGUUCGUUCGCUUCGUUUCGUUCGCGAAAUAGUACGAAUAGACAGAAUAUAGACAGAAAGUCGUUAAAAGGCACAAAAGGAACAUACAACGAACAAAAAAUAGUCUUACAUAUAAACGCGACAACAAACGUUGCGUUCUGGCUGUCAUUUUUGUGCCUUUGUUUCUACUGUGCGUUUCUCCUCUCUCUGUGUCUCGCGCUCUUUCUCUCUCUCUCUCCCUAUCCCGUUUGUUGUUUUUAUCGACGCGUUCGUUCUCUACCCUAUCCAGUGCGUGUGUCCGCGAGUGUGUGGUGUGCUUGUAUUUUAUGUUAUUCUUGCCAAAAAGCCGACAACCUUCGCCCCCGCAAACAAAAGCUUCCGCGCCAGCCUGCUGCAGCGGAUCGAUCAGUCAAGGGACCCACUGACUGCCUUGCCCCCCAAUCAAUGAACCACUGAGACGCACCACUGACUGAACCACCCCACCCCGCGCAACGGAAGCAGUGGAAAAUUUUUGGUCAUCACUCGAGAAACUAAAGCUGCGACGUCAUCAUCAGCGUUUGUCGCUGUCAGUUGUUGCUGUUGCUUCUUGUUGUGGCCGAGUAAAAGGCUGUUAUCAAACGUUGCACCGAAUGCCGAGACUCCUGGAGCAUCCACAGUGGCCCCAUCAGAUCUCCCACAACAACAGCUCGAUGCCCGAUUACUGCCUGAUCAUCAAAUAAGCAGAGACAUUACCUAAAAAACAAUCCUGCAAUUGGAUUGAUUGCACACUUAAACUGAAGUAAACGGAAGCAGAACACUCUCCCACACACAAAAUGAGUUUCAGUUCGGCCAGCGGCAGGGAGAACAAUGUUCGCAAAUUGUCAUUCCUGGGUUUCAAUACCAAAAAGAAGUCCGGCGGCAAUGAGGAUCCCGAUGAAGUGCUGUUGGACUCGGAAAUGGACAAGGUCUUUGCCGGCACCAGUGUACGCAAAGAGAAAUUCGAUGUGAAUACCUUUCAGGACAACACGCAGCUACCCACUGCAUCCCGCAAGAAGAAUAGCAUUCGCACAAAUGAUCUAAAUAUUGAGGAGGACUCGGAAUACGAGAGCCAAACGGAGCCACUGAAUAAUGCACAAAACUAUGAUGACAUACCUGAGGAUUUCCCAUUAGUUUCAGAGCGUGCCGGACACGGCGAUCACUCGGACAAUUCGGCGGAAGAGAAGCACGUUCAGUUCGGUGGUGCCGCUGGCAAGAAGAAGAUUGUCAUCACACCGCCGAGCCUGAGCUAUGAUGAUCAGCCCACGGACCAAUCCCACGAACGAAAACGCAGAAAAAGCCGCCAUCAGUAUUAUAGACAGCGUAAAUUCUCACAUCAGGACAGCGUGGAAGCCAAAAAGACCAUCGAGGAGAACGGUGAUGCAGGUGCGCGUCGCAUCUCUGUGCAGCCUGAGGACACGGCAUUGGAGACAAAUGGCCAAAUGCCGGCUAAACAGGAGGCUGAUCUCAACGAGCUGAGAUCGCAUCGUUCGGACGAUCCGCGUGCCCUGCGGCGUCACAAGAUUCAUCAUUCAUCCAUUAAGCUGCGAGAGCUGCCGCAGAUUACCAUUUCGCCGUUUACCAACAAGAAGCCCGAAGUGGAUCACAGUCCACAUGAGAUCUUUGUGCAAUUGGACGAGCUCACUGGCGUGGGCGAGGAUCGUGAGUGGAAGGAGACUGCGCGCUGGAUCAAAUACGAGGAGGAUGUGGAGGAGGGCUCCGAUCGCUGGGGCAAGCCUCAUGUUGCCUCUCUCUCAUUCCAUUCGUUGCUCAAUUUGCGUCGCUGCCUGGAAACGGGCGUUGUGCUGCUGGACCUCAAUGAGAAGGAUUUGCCCGCCGUGGCAUAUCGUGUGGUAGAGCAGAUGGUGAUUGAGGACCUCAUUGACAUUAAUGACAAACCAUCGGUGAUGCGUUCGCUGCUGCUGCGGCACCGGCAUGUCAACGAGCAUCAGGGCGUGCUGCCAUUUACGAAGCGCAAAUACAACAGCUACACCAGCCUGCAGUUUCUCUGGAUGGGCGCCGAUGCUCAGCAGCAGCAACAACAGCAGCAGCAGCCACGUAACCUAGCCAAGGCUCGCCGCAGCAUAUGCGUCACCUCCAGCGCCCCACCGGCAGCAGCGGCAGCAGCAGCCACCACGCUGAAUGUGGGCUCGCCCGGGGGCAUUGCAGCGGCCACCGAUCACCGGCGCCACUCAACGAUGUCCUACCUGGGUAACCUGUCGGGCGGCACCGAUGACAAGAAGAUCAAGAUUAUGCCCGCAGCUGAUAUUGGUGGGAGCAAGCGCAGCAAUGAGUUGAAGAUCGACAUGAAGGAUGACAUGUACUCAUCGUCGCAGGAGGAUCUCAAGAAGCUGCAGAAUGAUACCAUCCUGAGGCGCAUACCCGCAGGAGCUGAGGCCACCACUGUGCUGGUCGGUGCCGUUGAGUUUUUGGAUCAGCCCACAAUUGCCUUUGUACGCCUCUCGGAGGGUGUCCUGAUGCCCACUCUGACGGAGGUGCCCGUGCCCGUGCGAUUUAUGUUUGUGCUGCUGGGGCCGCGUAAUUUUGACUUGGACUACCAUGAGGUGGGUCGCUCCAUCUCCACGCUGAUGGCCAACGAGCACUUCCAUGCCAUUGCGUACAAGGCGGACGAUCGCAAGGAUCUACUGUCGGCCAUCAAUGAGUUCCUUGACGACUCGAUUGUGCUGCCGCCCGGCAACUGGGACCGCCACGAUCUGCUGCCGUUCGAGGAGCUGAAGGCCAAGAAGGAUUGGAUACGGACGCGCAAGAUCAAGGCGCUGCAGGUGAAGCGCGACAGCGAAAUGAUCAAGAUCGGCAAGGACGAGGAGAAGGCGCUGCUCGAGAAGCAAUCGAUGGGCGCCAUUGGCAUGGGACCCGGCGGCGAUGGCGGUGACGGUGGUGGCCCCGGCGGUGACGGCGACGACGAUGACGACGAUGGACGCAAAAAGAAGCAGCCCAAUCCCAUGGAGAAGACCCACCGCCUGUGGGGUGGCCUGCGCAACGAUCUGAAGCGACGCAUGCCCAUGUACAAGAGCGACAUCCUCGACGGCCUCAACACGGAGACGCUGGCGGCCACCAUCUUCAUGUACUUUGCCUGCCUCUCCACGGCCAUCACGUUCGGCGGUCUGGUGUCGGACAAAACGAAGAGCUGGAUCGGCAUCUCGGAGACGCUGAUCUCGUGCUCGUUCGUGGGCAUCGUCUUCCAUUGUCUGAGCUGCCAGCCGCUGGUCAUAAUCGGCACCACGGGACCACUGCUGCUGUUCGACGAAGCGCUGAUGGUGUUCUGCACGCAGAACGACUUUGAUUUCCUUUCGCUGCGCGUCUACGUUGGCAUCUGGCUGAUCAUCAUCGCGCUCUGUGUGUCGGCCUUCGAGGGCAGCGUCUAUGUGCGUUUGCUCACGCGCUUCACACAGGAGAUCUUCUCGGCGCUGAUCACGCUCAUCUACAUUGUGGAGACGGUGAUGAAGUUGGUCUCCAUCUACCAGCAGAACCCGCUGCUCUCCGACUACAACCUGCCGCCGCCGACGCUUGUGGCGCAUGACCAAGAGCCGGACCUGAAUGGAACCCACUACAACAUGAGCGUCACGCUGCUGAAUGCCACGACCACAGCGGCGCCCAUGGGUGGCUCGAAGCUGCCCACCAAUCAGCCAAAUACCGCACUCUUCUGCACCAUCCUCACGCUGGCCACCUUCGUUGUGGCCUACUACCUGAAGCUCUUCCGCAACUCGCACUUCCUGGGCCGCAAUGCGCGCCGUGCCCUCGGUGACUUUGGUGUGCCCAUCUCCAUUGCCAUAUUCGUGCUGGUCGACUAUCUCGUGCCUUCUGUCUACACGGAGAAGCUGGUGGUGCCCGCGGGCCUCUCGCCCAGCGCCCCACAGCUGCGCGGCUGGUACAUUGGCUUCAAUGCCACCUCCACGUGGGUGCCGUUCGCCUGUGUGGUGCCCGCGCUGCUCGUCUACAUUCUCAUCUUUAUGGAGUCGCAGAUAUCGGAGCUGAUUGUGGACAAGCCCGAGCGCGGGCUGAAGAAGGGCUCCGGCCUGCACUGGGACAUUGUGCUGCUGUGUUUGCUCAACACCUUCUGCGGACUCUUCGGCAUGCCCUGGCACUGUGCGGCCACAGUGCGCUCCGUGACGCAUGUCUCUUCGGUUACGAUUAUGUCACGCACCCAUGCACCUGGUGAUUCGCCGAGGAUCAUUGAUGUCAAGGAGCAGCGCUUGUCUGGCUUCUUUGUGUGCGUGAUGAUUGGUUUGUCGGUGCUGAUGGCACCGCUGCUGCGACUCAUACCCAUGGCUGUGCUCUUUGGAGUGUUCCUGUACAUGGGCGUGGCCUCCAUGAGCGGCGUGCAGCUGUUCGAGCGCAUCCGCUUGUACUUUAUGCCCGUGAAGCACUAUCCACCCACGUCCUAUGUGAAGCGCGUGCGUCCCUGGAAGCUGCACUUGUUCACCACCAUUCAAGUGCUGUGCCUGGUGCUGCUGUGGUCCGUCAAGUCAUCGAGAUUCUCGCUGGCUUUCCCCUUCUUCCUGAUCAUGAUGGUGCCCAUAAGACAGCGUCUGGUGGCGCUCUACAAGCCAGAGGAACUGCAAGCGUUGGAUGGCCAGGAGGCAAAGAACGACGAGGAUGAGCCCGAUUUCUAUGAACAAACAACAAUACCAGCCUAGAGGGAACAACGCCCCCCACUGGGCCUCCGCCAAGGCACACAAAGAAACUUAAUUAGUAAAUUAGAAUUGAAAGUAUUAACAGGCCCCCAAACAAACCCAAAACAAAUACGAAAAAUCAAGCAACAAUACAAACAGCAUAAUUCUGGGCUACAAAUGCAUUAACGAACUACCUGCAAAUUAGUAUCUAGAGAUAAACAAUCCCACCAUCACCACCAGCCCCAACCCCAACCACGAACCGAAUAUGUUGAAACAUAUUUUACGGGUUGGAUGUGUGAUUUUGUGAUUGUAAAUGGUUUUAAGAGCUGGGGCAUCGCGGAAAUGUUGUACCUUAAAGUAAAGAAAACAAAAUUUAUAAUAUGGAAAUAUUGAAAUACUUUUACCCACAGAAGGAAAGUUCUGCUUUGGGGUUUAAACACAAAUUUUGCAUCACAAGAAAUGUAAUUUACUUAGCUGGAUUUUCGCAUGUAUUAUUAGCAAUAAUUGUGCACACAACAAACGAAAUGCGAAGAUUGUUUUGGGGCAGAGGAGAAACCUAAAGGGGGUACAACUUAUCAACUAUUUAGCUUCAAACUGAUGUAGUGAUAAUUAGUGUCAAACACACACAAGAGAAACACAAAAUAAACUCUAAACUAAACUGUACCCUGUAAUUCUAAAGA